AUGAUCUUUUCCACUGAUGGAUCACCAAAGGAUCAAGGAGUACAGAUGGUGGUUUGCCGCAUCCGUGCUCAUGUGCGGCGAGAUUAUACAAUCAACUUGAAACAUCAGUUCACCAGCGCUGGCAACAAGACGGUCAAGGUAACUCUGCAAGCCUACUCCGCCAUUUUUCAGCCAACUCCGUUGGUUAUCCAAACCAGUAUAAUCGUUGAGCCGGAUUUACUAAAUUGCACUAUAAGUGAUGUAAUAAUAGAAAGUACAAAGUCUUCUAUGCUGGCAGUAAGCUGCAACGAAGUCAUACUUCUCGAAAAAGACUCUUUGGGGCAGGAGCCGUUCGGCCAAGAGAGUAACGUAUUUCCACCUGGACCAACACAUCCACGAUUUGAACACCGCUUGGGUGCUGAGGAGAUGAUGGGUCGACUAAUGCCACUCUUGACGAUACUGGCGCUCUGUUUUUUCUUAUCAUCAAUUCUGGUGUUAGGCUGGAACCAAGCUAAAUGGUUAAAUGCUGCUCCCCUGCACUUGCCGUGUUUAAUUCCAUUUUCCUCUUCCUUCUCCAAAGAUGGCUCGUUUAAAUCGGCAAUCUGGAACUUUGGGGAUUCAACUCCACUCGUGCGAACCACAGAAGCAAAUGUUACUCACACGUAUGCUGCACCAGGCCGAUACAACUGCACAGUUCAGAUUCAUGGCUUAAAAAAGACGGUAUUCACCUGGAAAAUGAUGGCUGUCCAAGAACGCAUAGUUGCCUUCAAUAUUUCAGCCCCAAAGCCUGUUGUUGGAGUAAACAGUAAUUCUAAAAUAGGAUUACUCACCUAA